AUCCCUCGCAUGAAGACUGUUAUCGAUAGCAACAUCUCGUGCUGUGUCGUCUGCAUUUCCCGUUAUGCACCUUCCAUGCAAUAAAAAUAGCUGGACUUGUCCAAGGAUAAAACUUUUGAUUUCAAUUCUUUGCUACAUGUAGUUUCAAUUUUGAAAAUGAUAUUUGGAGGACAUUUGACGCUUGUUUUGAUUGUGUUUCUCGGUUUAUUCGAUUAUUCAACUUGUUUCAAGUGCUUCCGGUGUAUGUCCAUGUUAUCCCCAAACUCGACCUGCGACCUUUCACCUAUUGACCUCGUAGCCAUUGAAUGUGACACCUACUGCUUUACGGAAGUUAUGAUGGCGGCUGGAGUCCAUGUCUACACCAAGCGUGACUGCACACGGCAGUUCGACUGUACCGAGGAAUCUACUUGCCGUGAACUCGCCCAUUCGGGCAACUGCAAAGCGUGCUGUCGGGACAACUUCUGCAACAAAUACACUGGUAGAGAGGUGGCCUAUAAUACCAUGGAAUCGAUGGGCGUGUCCCGAUACUAUAGCAACACUAAUUGUUGGGCGUGGCUCACCACUGCACUAUCAGCGGCUGUGUAUUUGAGUCAAUUGUCUUUAUCGUAAACCCGUUUCGUUUUUUACUUUGAUCUAAGUUUGAGCCCAUCUUCGAAUAAUUGUUUGGCUAAUUUUCUAUAAUGGAUUAAAGCGCUUGACCAUGCAUAAUAAUUGUCAGAUUCCCAUGGGGGGCAAGAAUCGUCUAUGAUACUGCGUUGUUCACAGACUUGGAACUCUUGACAAGGUUAUCUCUGUCUUUUAUGAAAGAAUAAUUGUCAUUCAACUAAGAUUCCAUUGUCAGCACCGACAUCGUAACCCUACGAUUAUAAUUUCGAUAUCCCCGAGGUUUUUUUUUUGGUUCAUUCAAAUAGCCCCCCCCCCCCUAUUUUUAAAAAUGUUUCGAGCCCCCUGUAGACUAUCCGACAGUAGAACAAACAAAAGAUGGCAUAUAUAGCACCCUGCAGGCCUGCGAGGCUUGCCUUGAGAAAACAACCGAAUAAAAAACAUCAGGGGACGUGGAAGCGGGGGGCUGGGGGGGGGGGGGGGCUUCAGCCUCCCCACUUUUUUCCAAAACCGUGUACAAAAACGUAAAAAUUACCAUAUGAUUGUGAUUUUUUGCAUGGUCAGCCCACCCCCACUUUGAAAACCGUACCGCGGCCCCUGAAUAUGGCUACUAUCGCAAAGCUACCUCCUAUGUAGCUAUGGUUAACAAGAAUCGUCUUUAUACGGUCUUAUAAGAGAAUACUGUACACUGUAGCAAUGCUUGCUCUACUUUCUGAAAUGUGGUGCCCUAAUUAAACGGCGCUUAUUUGUGCUUGAAGGACAAUCAAAAUGAUACAAGAUGGAAAAUGGUGAAGAAAACCAAAUGAAUACGACCAUCCAAUUAAACGUCCGUUGAAAGAUUCCAAGAAGCGUAACAAUAAUUAUAGACAGUUCAAGGAUGUUAAAUUGUGAAGACUAUGCUUGUUUAACAAAACUGUAUGGGUGAUUUCGUGGCAAUAAAGAAAAAAGUUUGUUUGUGCUUUUUAUGUUUGAAUGAAAAUGUUUUUCUCCGGUGCUAUUUUGCAAUUUUCAGUUUUGUUGGCUUGAAAUCUAUUGGUAAAACUCGAAUGCACUGGCGGAUCCGGGGGGGGGGGGGGGGCACAGACGGCCCGUGCCCCCCUCCCUUUGAGAAGCAAAAUUAAAAUUUGUAAUGUAAAAAUGCCGUUGAAACAGAAGUGUGCCCCCUCUCCCACUUUUGAAAGUAAAGACCUUUUUUUCUGGGACAAAAUAUUCUUAAUUUUUGGUUGAAAACCUUUUUUUCUUGCUUGUCAAAUUUUUCCUCGGAAAAAUGUGCCCCCCCCCCCUUGGAAAAUCCUGGAUCCGCCCCUGCUCGAAUGGUAUAGCAAAUAGUGUACUUGGAAUGCAAAAAUAUAGGGUUUUUUCAAGGCCGAGUCGUUAUGUGCAAAAUAGCGGUCAAAUUGGUUAGAAAUGCAGUGACAAACCGCGAAAUGUAAAGAUUCGAAAUUGGUGUUGCAGAACGAUUCUGAUCACUGCUUUGAAUAUAGAGUGUCAUUACUCGGUUUGCUAUUGUCGUACAGAGGGGGGGGGGGUGGGCCAUCCCACCCCCCCAAAAAAAAGCCCCGAUAUUAUACCUAUUCCCUCGGUUCGGGUAUAUCCAUAUUUUUACGUAGAUAUAUUUCACUAUGUACACAUCUACUCUAGAUAUGCAGAGCACAGUCUUUGUGUACACAGCAAAAACUGGGUUGUUAAUAUUGGUGCAUAUAAAGGGACGACACCUGUCAUUUUAAUUCAGUGUUACUUAAUUAGUCGUUGGUGUUAUUAAAACACAUUUAUUUGUUAUUUCAACACUGGUGUUUUUCUUCAAAAUCUAUGGUGUAUCACGUUACGUGCAUACCAACAAUACCUUGCAUGGAUUGCAUUUCCAUUCCAUCUUAAACCCUUUUGAGCAAAUGGUGUUUGUUCGUUCAUCUUCAUCAUGUGUCAUUCUUUCAUAUAUUCAUUUUCUGAUUUACAUUAGCUGUGAUUCAUUUAUUCACUAUUCUUUAUUAAUCUAUUGUGUUGUGUCUGAAUAUGACUCAUUAUAUAGGCCUAUAUUCCUUUACAUAUACUGUAUGUAUUAUACAAUACUAAUCAAUCAAAUUUAUGCAAUCAUAUUCUUGCUAUGCAUAAUAAUAUUAUAUUGAUACUAAAACAGUGAAACGAAACAUGCUCUGAAACAAAGAAAAUAAACACAUAGCCUUACAGU